AUGUUUUUUUUUGAUUUCCAAAAAAAAUUUCUUUUCUUUUCAUUUUUCUUCGAAAAUGGAUUUUUCUUUCUAUUUUUUUCGUUCAUUUUCUUUCAUUCUUUUUUUUUUUCAUUAAAUUUUCUUUCGUUCAAUUUCUUUCUUUUUUCGUUCAUUUUCUUUCAUUCUUUCUUUUUUCAUUCAUUUUCUUUCUUCGUUCAUUUUCUUUCGGUUUUCGUUCAUUUUCUUUCAUUCUUUCUUUUUUCAUUCAUUUUCUUUCGUUCAUUUUCUUUCUGUUUUCGUUCAUUUUCUUUCAUUCUUUCUUUUUUCAUUCAUUUUCUUUCUUCCUUCAUUUCCUUUCAUUCUAUUUUCGUUCACGUUCUUUCAUUCUUUCUUUUUUCAUUCAUUUUCUUUCUGCGUUCCUUUUCUUUAUGUCUUUUUUUAUUCAUUUUAAUUUUUCCUUCUUAUUUUCACUUUUUCAUUUUUAAUUUCUUUUAA